AUUAUCCAACAAUUACACGGUCACACUGAGGCUAAAUAAAAAUUAUUUGGUGUCUAAAUUUUGUCUUUUAACGUCUACGUUAAGUAGCUACUUCGUUAUUUGGAUCAUGUUGGCCAAGUUCAUUCUGUCGAUCGCGGCAUGUGCCUUGCUGCUGUUCGCCCUUCUGCCCGCUGUCCAUGCGGUCCAGGACGAGGACUCCGCCGGCAAGCAGGCUGAAAAGCAGUUCGCGGUGGAGCUGGACCCUGAGACUUUUGAUGCGGCUAUUGCCGGCGGCAACGUCUUCGUCAAGUUCUUUGCGCCCUGGUGCGGUCACUGCAAGCGACUGCAGCCACUGUGGGAGCAACUAGCAGAGAUAAUGAAUGUGGAUGAGCCAAAGGUGAUCAUUGCCAAGGUGGACUGCACCAAACACCAGACUCUGUGCGGCACUCACCAGGUUACCGGCUAUCCCACACUGCGCCUCUUCAAGCGGGGCGAGGAGGAGUCUGUGAAAUUCAAGGGUACCCGCGACUUGCCUGCCAUCACUGACUUUAUUAACCGGGAACUGAACACACCGGCCGAGACCGAUCUGAGCGAGGCGACCAAACGUGAGGAGGUGGGCGAGAACCCUAACCUUGGCAAGGUAGUGGAUCUCACCGAGGACACCUUCGCCAAGCAUGUGUCCAGCGGCAACCAUUUCGUCAAGUUCUUCGCUCCCUGGUGCAGUCAUUGUCAGCGCUUGGCACCAACCUGGGAGACGCUGGCAAAGGAGCUGGUUCAAGAGCCCGCCGUUACCGUAUCGAAGAUCGACUGCACUCAGUACCGUGUCAUUUGCCAGGACUUUGAGGUUAAGGGCUAUCCCACACUGCUCUGGAUCGAGGACGGCAAAAAGAUUGAAAAGUACUCUGGCUCCCGCGACCUGGCCACGUUGAAGACCUAUGUGGAAAAGAUGGUGGGCCUGCCGCUGGCGAAGAACGCAGAGGACAAGACCGCCGACGCUGAAGCUGCCAAGAAGGAGGAUGGCGCCGCCGCCGAGGAGGAGGCAGCGGCCAAGAAGCUUACACCGCAGCAGCUGACCGGCGAGGCAGAAUUUGACGAGGCCAUCGCCGAUGGCGUGGCCUUCAUUAAGUUCUAUGCCCCGUGGUGCGGACACUGUCAGAAACUGCAACCUACCUGGGAGCAGCUGGCCACCGAGGCGCAUCAGGCACACCAGAGCGGCGUGAAGAUUGCCAAGGUUGACUGCACGGCACCGGAAAACAAGCAACUCUGCAUCGACCAGCAAGUUGAGGGCUAUCCCACGCUAUUCCUUUACAAGAAUGGCCAGCGGCAAAGCGAGUAUGAGGGCAGUCGCUCCCUCCCGGAGCUGCAGUCAUACCUUAAGAAGUUCCUCGCUCACGACGAGCUCUAAGAAGGACCGGAAGCUAAAACAGGAUCAGAAGAAGGAGCAGUCGAAUGAACAAAAUCGCCCGCCAAACUAAACUAAUCUUAAACUUAAUGUUUUUUCUUCGCGUUCAGUUAAACCAGCAGCAAGAAACCUCUGU